AUGGUCAUAAAGUCAUGGCUGUUCUCGAUUGUUUUAUUUGAAACUUUCAUAUACGUAUAUGGAUGGGGACCAGUUGGACAUAGUACAAUUGUACGUCUUGCUCAAAGUCAGUUAAGUGAUACAGCACCUGAAUGGAUUCUUUCACUGACUCCUUGGCAUUGGCAUGGAAAUUUAAGUGCACUGGCUUCAUGGGCGGAUGAUAUACUUUAUCCUAAUACAAAUCCUACUGGUUACGAUAAUUGGCAAUGGUCUCGACCAUUACAUUAUAUAAAUAUACCUGAUUGGAGUUGUAAUUAUAACCAUGAAAGAGAUUGUGUUGGUGAUAUUUGUGUAUCUGGUGCAAUAAAAAACUAUACUAAACGAUUAGAAACUGAAUUAGAUGAUAUUCAACAAACAGAAGCAUUAUAUUUUCUUAUUCACUUUGUUGGAGAUAUACAUCAACCAUUACAUACAGGCUUUGCAAGUGAUCGUGGAGGAAAUGAUGUUAAAGGUCAUUAUAUGAACGGAACAUACUCUACAAAUCUUCAUUCAUUAUGGGAUAGUGGUUUGUUAACAACUCGUCUUCAUCGAAAUUUUCAUUCCAAUGCAUCUCUCUAUUAUGAUCAUAUUUAUGAAUUAAUGAUUAAUCUACCAUCUGAGGACAAUGAUAAUAAUAUUGAACAAUGGAUAGACGAUAAUAUAAAAAUUGUUUGUGAACACAUUUACUUUGACGAAAAUAAUGUAACUAUGAAUGCAACGGCUAAUUUUACAUUAGGAGAAGUAUAUUAUAAUCGAAGUAUAUCAAUAAUUGAACAACGUCUUGCUCGUGGUGGUCGUCGACUUGGUGUAUUACUUAAUCAAUUGGCAAAAACACGUCCACAAAAAUCAUCAGAUCAAAAAAAUAAAUUAUCUUCUAGUACAAUUGCACUUAUUGUUGUACUAGUUGUGGAAGGUGUAUUGGCAAUUGUGGUGGGUAUCAUUUUCUUUAUUCGAUACAAGAAAAGAUCAUCGGAACCAAAUUCAUUUUCUCUUUCUUCUACAAAGGAAUAA